AUGCAGACGAAAAAUGAACCUGAAUUGGUAACAAAUUCAACCGAAAACGUUGGUAACGUAGUCUCGACCUCUACCGAUACUUAUGGGAAGAACCUCGGUCAAAAUACUGCCCUUUCCAUCGUAGUGCUUGAGAAUAUAGAGCAUCGCUAUGUCGAAGUUAUGCAGGAGCUCUCAGCGGAGCCGCGGUUCGAGCGGCUAAGGCUAGAGUACGAACGUAUCUACCGCCUGCUUAGCAAGAGCCACGAAGGUGAGCGACAUUUGAUGGAAAAGACAAAGGAGUUGCGCGAUGAACUCAAGGAUCAUGAGACCCGCAUCAGUACCGCCCUGGAGCUAUCCAAAGAGGACACCCAAAGCAUCGCGGCGCUGCGGAAGGGAAUCGAAAAGGCCUGGGCGAUGGCGGACAUGUCGCACGCUAAAGAAGUCGAGAGUCGUGAACUGAUUCAAGUUCUCAUGAAGCAAGUAGCCGACUUGGACGAGCAGGUGGAGCAUAGCGCGGGGCUUUCCGUCGGCCACGAGGUUGCCAUGCGGAACCUUUUGCAUAUGAAGAAGGCCCGUGAGGAGGAGCACGCCAGCUUAGUUUCGGAUGCCGCCCUCCUCAAGACAGACCACACGGCCUACCUGAGCCGGAUGCAAGUGCUGAGCGGUAAAGAGGCAGCGGUACGGAAGACCUUUGAGGCAGAAACAGCGGCUUAUCAGGCGCUAUUAUCCGCAAUGGAGGCCGAACAGCGUGAACGCAGUGCAAAGGAGCAAAGCGCGAAAAACUACCGCAAUUCUACCGAGCAGCACGUGGUGGAAGUGGAGAAGGUGAAGCGUGCGGUGGAGCAAAUUAUAGCCGAUGAGCGACGUCUUAGCAAGGAUGUCGAGGCCGCGAAGGAGAGCAAUGCAGUGAUCUUCCGUCAGCUUGAGGAGCGUCAGCAACGCAUCAAGACAGAGGCCGAUCAGCUAGCCGCAACGGAGAAGUACAAUGGAACUCUGAAGGCGGAGCUUCUUCGGAAGACAUCGAUGAUGAAGGAGAAGCAGCGGGAGCUGGCGAAGGUCAGCAAGCGGCUUAGCAGUACUGAAGUGGUAGCACGCGACCAACAAAAUCAGCUGAGCAAUCUAGUUCAGGAGAGAGAUGCGCUGAUCCUGCGAUCUAAUGACAAUAAUGAGAAGCUUGACAGACUCCUGAAGGAACUGGCUCAGGAGGAGAUAAAGAUUCAAAAUGUCGAAGGGCUCAUGAAGGGGGUAAUGCUUCGUAAAACAAAAGCGUUAGCGGCAAAGUCGGUAAAGGAAAACAGCCGUGUAGAGGUAGAGGGAGUGCGUGUCCUGGAGGAAGGCAAGGUUCGACGGCUUAAACAGGAUUUAUUUGCCUUUUUGCAAAGUAAUGAGCAGCUUCGCAAGCAAGUUUUCGAACUCGAGAAAAAGAAGGAUAAACACUUUUCCGCGGUGCAGUUUGCCACAGUUGAGUACCACCGGACGUUGGACGCCAUUCGAAACAAACGCACGGAGCUUAAAAGCCUAAAUGAGCACUGCGCCAUGCUCGAGAAAAAACACAAAGUACAACAAGAACUUGUGAACCGCGUUAAGACCGACCGCAAUCGUGCGGAGAAGCAGCUGCGUGAGAUGGAGACCGAACGAGGGGAGCUGAUGGCCCACCAACUGGAAAAGCAGGAGGUUAUUGAAGCCACAAAAAAGGAGCUCAUACGGACAGAAACCGAGUUUCUCCAGCUCCAUGCCGUGAACAAGCAGCUUCGGUACGACAUGUCCAAUACCGAGGAGCGCUUCAAGCACAUCCAUGACGACUGCGUGGAAGCUAAAGGGCGCGUUGCCGCGUUGGAAACGGAGGCGCUGGAACUGGAGCAGGUCAUCGCCAAAUGUGAUUCGGAGAAGCAAAAGCAGCUCUACAAACUUAAGAAGGUCACAAACGACUGCAAUAUCCUCGCUACGCAGCUCAUCUGCAAAAAUGAAGAGGUGAGCUUGAUUUAUGAGAAGGUUCGUUUGCAGGGCAGUGAUCUGGCAAGUAAGGCUGCAGACUAUGAUAAACGCAUUGACGAAAUCAUCGACACGCGAGAUCGUCUAGCGGAGCUGCGGCUGCGCUGCCGGCGCAGUCUUGUGCAACUGCACUACAUGGAAAAGAUAAAAAAGAAGACUAUAAAGUAUCAGCGUGAGCUGAACCGACAGCGUGCGCACGUGCGUGCGCUCACAAAUGAGGUGCAGAACUUUGUCAACAUCCAUCGUUGGCGAAGGCUAGAAGGUAGCGCCCCGGUACUUCUGGACGCUCUUGCCCAAGUACAACUCCUUCAACGUAGUUAUAUAGAGAAAUCCAACAUGUGUGUGGAGUUAACCGAGCAGAUUAGGAAGAAGGUCAACGAGUACACCAAACUGCGAAGCCGUCUGACGCGCAUGCCAGGGCCCGAGGCGGUAGAGGAUCUCGCGCUAUUUCAAGAAAAUAUAGAAAAACGAGAUGACCAACUUCAAGGCAUGGUUACCGAGCUUCAAGGCUUGGAGCAACAUGCGGAGGUUCUGGAAGAUGAGGUGCGCACGCUAAAUGAUGAGCUCGCCGAGGCUAAGAAAAAGUAUUACGAUGAAAAGACCAAACAAGACUUCUACUGGCGUGAGGCACUUCAGUGGCGACAAACCUGGGGCAGCUCCAUCGCCGUCGCGCAGCUCGCCCGUGAGACGAUCGACGAGGCCGUCAACUUUCCUUCUAAGCGAAAGCGCAGCACUCCCCACUCCGCAGGGGUGGAGUCGUACGCGAAGAUUCGAACUGCGGAGCUGGCUUCGAGCGGGCCCCCAGGACAAUCCCAUCACUUAUCGGCAGCCCCGCAGCGAAUUCUUUCCCAAGGCGGGAAAAUUGGAUCUCGAGUGGGGGCACGGAUUCCCGGUGGACUCACCCAGCGGGAGCGUGCCUAUGCGCGAGAGGAGGACUUGCUUCACAUCCUCUCCACAGGCGUCCCGGGGCCGAACUUCAAGCUGCAGAAGCCGAAGAAUCAGCGCCAGUUCGCGGGGGGUGGCUUCGCGCUGACAAGACCAGACAAGGUCUGA